GUUCCUAUGUACUUGUAAUUAAGUAAUUAGUAUGAUAAGGAUCUCAAUUGCCUGGAUUCAAAUCCAUAUACUUAAAUUUAAUUUGAGGAGUUUUUUUUUUUAAAAAAAAAAAUCUAAUUUGAGGUCAUUGCUUGAAGACAUUGGAGUGACUGGAAGUACAAGUACAAUUGAAACGAUGGCAACAAUGGGAAUGGGCUUACUAGCAGGAUCAACUAUCAUACUUCUUACUUUGAUCUGGGCCUCUGUUGUUGCUUUUGGCAGCUAUGAUCUUUCACAGCCUACAGCUAAUUCAUCAGAUGAGGAAAACGUGAAACCAUUCAGUUUAACUGGUUAUGGUGUUAGCACUGAUGUUGAGACCUACUACACUGCAAGAAUAAUGAUGGUGUCUAUGAUCCCAUUUCUCCUUCUUCAACUGGCGAAAAUUCUCAAAUCAACUUCAGGGGAAAGAAUCGUAGUCUUAGUUUCACUUAUUGUUACUCUUGUUUUCCUCUUCGUAUACUGUACCUUUCAGGUAACACAAAAUUCCAUUAAUAUCAUGAAUGAGCAUUGUUCUCCAGCAAAUAGAAAUGAAACCAUAAAACUUUUGCUCUGAUUUAUCUACUUAACUCAUUUGACUUUCAUGCUUCUCGAUCCAUUUGAUACAUGAUUUGCAUAUGCUAAUUUUCUCCUUGAAAAUGAACAACAAUGGUGCAGGUAUUCCAGCCAUGGAUUCAGAAUAGAAGAUAUGAAUAUCUGACACGCACGUAUGUUCAGACAAACCUACUACGAAGUCUUCUCACUGCUGG